AUAUCUUUCUUGGUCUUUAUUAGCUGUAUCUGCCUGCAAUUAUAAGUUCUUUUAUUAUGAGAAGAACUAUAGUUGUGGUAUUCUUCAUGUUUCAAUGUUUUAGUUUUAAUGUUAAAGGUUUCGGCCUUUCAUAUAAUUUCUAUGAGAAAUCGUGCCCACAAGUUGAGGACAUUGUCAGAAAUGGCCUUCAGCCUAUAUUUCUCACCGAUCCCACUUCUGCACCUGCGUUGUUAAGGCUUAUGUUUCAUGAUUGUCAAGUUCAGGGAUGCGAUGCUUCCAUUCUAGUUGAUCCAGGAAAUGGAAAUGAGGCAACAGAGAUGGCUUCUAGUAAGAAUUUGGGGAUAAGAAAGAGAGAGAUAGUAAGCAUGGUUAAAUCAAUGGUGGAAGCUCAAUGUCCCCAACAAGUCUCAUGUGCCGAUAUUCUGAUAUUGGCAGCUCGAGAGGCCGUGGCGGUGACAGGAGGGCCUCGGAUAAAAGUCCCAUUGGGACGGCGGGAUUCGUCUCACGCCCCUAGCCAUCGACUGCCAGACGCAUUGCUCCCUCCUGCAACAGCUGGAGUCUCUGAAAUGCUUAAUAUUUUCACCAACAAAGGAAUGAACCUUGAAGAAUCUGUCGCCGUUUUGGGUGCUCACACGCUCGGGAUAACGCAUUGUUCAAACCUUCAGAACCGUUUAUACAGUCGUAACAAUGAUGAGCUUAGAGGAAUGGAACCUGGUUUUGCUGCAUUUUUGAGGUUAACUUGUCAGAAAGGACCUUUAACCUCAAAUUUAAGCUUCGUUCUGAAUGACCCGACGCCGUUUUCGUUUGACAAUGAAUACUAUGUAAAUGCAAUGAGAGGCCGAGGAGUACUAAAAAUAGAUGCUGAAAUGGUAUCAAACCCCAAAACAGCACAUGUUAUGAAACAUUUCUCCAUGAAUGAGGCUGAUUUCUUCCGAGCAUUCUAUUCUGCCUUUGUGAAGCUAUCUCGCUAUGGAGUUCUGACCGGGAAACAAGGUGUUAUUAGAAAGAAUUGCAACCAACUAAGCUGAUUAGAAAUUGUUGGGUUCCUUAUUCACAUCUACAGUAGUGAACCUUUUAUUCUUUCUAAUCUAACUUUGAUUGUUGAUAAAUAUUUGAUCAUCUUUGAAUUAUGUUUUUCCACUUUUUACUCAG